AUGACUUCCUCUGACGAAGCGUCAGCUCACCAAAAUGAAGCCGCUAAGGCAUUACCAAAGCGAAAACUCCCGCCAUGGCUGGACCACUUCAACGCUCACGACAUGAAGAUCUUUCUUCGAUGCUGGAUCGCAAUAUGGGUUAUGAUGCUCCUCAUCUUCAUCCACCCCAGCCUCGUCGAGAUCGGCCAAGCGACGUUCCUCGGUGCAAUCCUUCUUUUUGCUGUUCCGCCAGCUAGUAUUUUGUUUAUUUAUCUCCUUGCCGCGUUAUCGCUGCUGUUAGGAAUGUGUCUCGCGUGGUGUUGGGGUCUUUUGACGAUGAAGGCUGCGCUAGCGACACGCUCUGAUACUGAGACACAGGCUAAGCUCCAGGCGCUGCAGCAGCAGGUUGGGGAGAUUGCCAAAACGACGGGACAGACGCCGGCGUGGGAAGCGCAGAUUUUGAUUCAUGAGGGGUUCAUGCUGGAUGCGAGAGUCACGGCUGUGUAUUUCAGUAUGGGCUGUUUGUUCAUUUACGUCUUGGCCCGACUGCGAUGCGCGAAUCCGAAGCUUGUCCUCAUGCAGAUCUUUGGAACGAUCGUUACCGACCUCUUCAUCCUCUUUGGCCCGACACUUCCGUCAUUUCAAGGCGACCUCGCAGCUAUUCUCGUCAAGCCUGGAGCCAUUGGAAUUGGUCUGGGCUUAGCAUGCUGCCUGCUUCUCUUCCCCCAGUCAACAUCGUACAUGGUUCUUGGCCAGAUUGAGAAGCUAGUCCGUAUGUCCAACUCGGGCCUGUCAGCGACGAAGAGGCGUUUUGCUGAUGAGGCCAUCCCGCUUGCUGAGCUUCAAGGGAGUAGGGCUGGUAUGAUCGCUGUCUUCAAGGCCGGACAGCCAGCCCUCGCGUUUCUUCCGAUUGACUUUUCUCGUGGCCGAUGGAACGCAGAUGAUGUCAGAGGUCUGCACCAGCGAGCGCGAAAAGUCAUGUUUUCCAGUCUAUAUCUUCUCGACUUCCAGAUUGCGCAAGUCCGCGGCAAGCAGAAGGAAGAGGAACAUAUCAAGGCUCAAGAAGACGGACGAAUUGGUCCAGCAACAGACAAGGAGAAGUACGAGAUAGGUCAACACCAUCGACACGAAAAUGCCACGAUUUUGAGUGCUUUCCAGAGGCCUGAAGGAUCCGAGAUACGCUCUCGGACGAGGAAUACGCUUCGGGAUACGACAUCAGACUUGCUGGAGAUCGGACCGCAAGCUAUUAAUCUUGCAGCAGAUUACAUCCAUGCUGUCAAUUCUUGCCGAUGGAUGGGAAAGCCAUCGCCUGAACGGUGGGAGGAGCUGAACCGAAAUCUUCAUGAUACUUUGGCAAGGUCGCGGCAGGCGAGGGAGGCGUGCGUCAUCAACACAACAAAGGGCGUUCUCGAGGCUCACGCAGAAUUGUUUGACGAGAAUGGCCGCCUCAAGCCAGUGGAGGGGACUGAUCGGCCAUUCCUACCAAGCAUGGUAAUUGCUAUGGUAAUCGAGGAACGAAUUUUGAACAUGGCCAUUGCGACUGAGAAGUUAUUGGAGUACAUACUCCACCUCUCCGAAAUACGAACAAGUCACCGCAUAUGGGUUCCAUCACGGCUACAGUAUGCUUUGGCCUGGAUAUUCCACGGACAAAUCACAUUUCCAGGCUAUGAUAUCUCAACAGAGGAGGAUCCAGAUCAAAUGAUGGAUGGCGACUUCGAUGAGCAAACGAAGGAGACGAAACGAAGACUAGAUAUCAGCCGAGGAUACAAAGGCUCUUCUGCACAGAGAAGCAAGAUUGGUCGAGUUUUCAUCGCGACGUACAACUGGUUGGUCAAUCCAUCUGGCAUGUAUGCGCUGAGAAUGGUUGCUGUUACCAUUGCCACGUCCAUACCGGCAGUACUUCCCAGUACAGCUGGUUUCUUCUACCGAGAGAAGGGCAUCUGGGCCGUUAUUAGUGCUCAGACGGUUUUGCUUGUGUAUCUCGCUGACUUUACGUUUUCACUUAUCGCUCGUACGAUUGGAACUAUUGUCGGAGGAGUCAUAGGUAUGGUGGCUUGGUAUAUCGGUGCUGGAAGUGGUGUUGGCAAUCCGUACGGCAUGGCGGCUUCAACAGGCGUGAUGAUCAUUCCCAUGCUAUGGUGGCGUCUUUAUCUUCCCCCAUCAUUCGCAUUUGCUACAAUCAUGGGAGGAGCUACCUUCUGUCUCGUUCUCGGCUUCAGCUGGGAUCACGAUCAUAUCGUCCAGUACGGCCUUCCUGGUAAAGGCUACGAAGCAUUUUGGAAGCGAGUCGUCACAGUAUUGAUCGGCUUCGUCGCUGCUUUUGUCGUGCAAUUAUUCCCAAGUCCACCAUCUGGAACCACGCACGUCUGCAAGAUUCUCGCAAACUCGGUGCGAAGUCUAUCAGAUCACUACGCUCUUCUGAUUUCUCACUGGGGCCGAACAGAUAGAAAUCAUGCCCUGGGUGCAGUCGCGGAGCAUAUCUCGAUCGAAGUUGCAGAGAUAUUACUCGCCGUGAGUCCUUCCAUCGCGUUGCUGAAAGGCGAAUUGAGUUUCGGGCCCUUCGAUCAAAAGGUUCUUGCACAAACGAAGGAGCAGCUACAGUACAUGAACCAAGCACUGGGUGGUCUACUAAAUCUCGCAUCUACUUUGCCAAAAGAGAUGCAGGACCGUCUUAUUCGCGUUGCGAACAUCCUCGAUGAGCGAUCAAUUGGAGAUGUCAUGGCUGUUCUCGGCAUUAUUGAACAGUCUCUACGCACAGGCUCACCUCUCCCCGAACGAUUACCUGCACCGCUUGUCCGACGCGCCAUCGAUUCAUUUUACGCUUCGAAAAGCGAAGUCCUUUUGACAACCACGCUAGUCGCAGAUGAAGACCAUCGACGAUACUGCGUUGCCGUGACGCUGUAUCUCAAAUUUCUCGGAAGCAUUGAUGAUUUGCUGAUUGUCCUUAAGACAGCGCUAGGAGAGAGGCACAUCAUUUAUCAGUGGGACGAUGUCAAGGAUAUUGCAUGA